UUCUUCCUCACAGCAGGCGGCGCUGUGACAGUUUCACAUUCGGCGCACGCGCACACAUCCGCCGUGAUCAUGUCGCGAGCGACGGGUGGGUUUCUGCCCGGUGACGGGAUCCUGAUCGCGGGGGAACUCUAUUCUGGCGUCGCGCUCACGCUCGAGAACUGCCUGCUUCCCCCCGAGCGGGUGCACUGCAGCCCGUCGCGCGCCCACGGGCUGCCCGCGCGCACAGAACAGCAGCUGCGCAGCCGGAUGUGCGAGAUGAUCCAGAGCGCGGGAAUACUGCUGCGGCUGCCACAGUUUUUGUGUCAAUGCAUUUCACAGGUCGCCAUGGCAACGGCCCAGAUCCUCUUCCAGCGGUUCUUCUUCUGUAAGUCGUUGGUGAAACACUGUGCAGAGACGGUGGCCAUAGCGUGUCUUCACCUCGCGUCGAAGAUCGAAGAGGAGCCGCGGCGAGUGAGGGACGUGUUGAACGUGUUCCAUCACCUCAAACACAGCACAGGACACAGGUGUGUGAGUCCACUGCUCCUGGACGACACUUACGUCAACCGCAAGAGUCAUGUGAUCAAAGCUGAGCGGCGCGUCCUGAAGGAGCUCGGCUUCUGUGUCCACGUCAAACAUCCUCACAAGGUGAUCGUGAUGUAUCUUCAGGUUCUGGAGGGUGAGAAGAACACCAGACUUGUUCAGAUGGCCUGGAACUACAUGAACGACAGUUUGCGGACGGAUGUUUUCUUAAGAUUCAGGGCUGAAACUGUCGCAUGUGCGUGUAUCUUCCUGUCUGCAAGAGUGUUACAGAUUGCUCUUCCUGAUCAACCGCCCUGGUUCCUGCUGUUUGGGGCAUCAGAAGAGGACCUGAAAGAGAUCAGCAUGUGUAUUCUGAGGCUGUACACGCUGCCGUGUGAUCCGUUGGCUGAUCUUCAGCAGCAGGUGGAGGAGACACGUUUAACGCUGGAGACCAAACCUGCGUCAGAACCGCCGGUGACGGACACCCUGACACGUGACUCGUCGUCGACCAGUUUCUCUCCCGCAUCUAAAGCUGCGUCUCCUGCUGAUGCUCCAACCAAUCACGAAUCUCCGCUGUCCAAACACGUCCUCAGAAACAUGUGUGGAAAGAUCUCCAACAGAGACGGGAGGAAGCGUCUGAGUCGCAGUGAUGAAAGACGAAACACUCACUGCCGCCCAUCACCCCCCCGCCGCAGGCGCAGUCGUAGCGUCUGCUCUCCAGAACCGUCUUUCUCUCCUGGACGUUCAAAGUCUCACCGGCACAGAGACAGACAGCGAGGUCGCCAGCGAGUGCGAACGAACGGAUAUUCGCCUCACAGGACAUGAUGAAGGUGAUGUCAUCAGAUGGGCGGGAGCAAAAACCGACCAGCAUGAUGGUGUUUACAAACUCACUCAUGAUUCUAACGUCUUGAGAAAAGAAUCCUUUGUAUUUUUGAGAGACGUGUUCUGAAGAGUAGAAUCAAACUGUCAUGACUGCUUUAAGUCGCUCAUUAGAUACAUCAAUAAAUAAAUCACGUUCGAUGAAUCCGUGAACAGCGUUGACAUUUUAAGAGGGAUUUAUUCUGACAGACAUUUAUCAUCCAGUUAUGUGUUGACUUGCUGAAAGUUUGCCAAUGAUAGUUAACGAAAACAGUUGUUAGAACUAUAGAAGACCUUUGAUAAAAACAAUUAUCUAACCAUACAACAGAUCAACAUUACCACAGUAAACAUGUUCUUUGUUUUAUAUUCAUUUGAUGUUUUUCUAAAUUGCUUUGGAUAUCAACCUAUAUUAUUAACAUCUGCAUUUUUGGAAUGCGUGUGUUCGCAUGAAAAAGGAAAAUUGGAAAUGCAUUUGAAAUAAAAGAAAGUUCUAGGA